AUGAACCGAACCAUCGAGCAACAGAUAAGGGAUCAAUCAGAUCGAGGCAUUGAAGCCAUUUCUGAAGGACAGUAUACAACCAUAGCAGAUAAUGACGAAGAUCAAAUAAAAAUAUCUAUCACAAUGGAUGGAGUGAAGGCAUCGCGCCCUACGGUGGCUUCUACCGGUGCCGAACAGAGUAGUGUGUUGUGGCCGCGUGAGGCUCGAUUACGUAAUUUGACGUAUGCUGCAUCAAUAUAUGUUGGAAUGACGCAAACCUCCGUCCAUAUAAAAGGAAACGAGAGCGAUGAUGCUGUUUCCAAGUCUAUGGAUAUCCGCCUAUGCACAAUUCCAGUAAUGCUUCGUUCUGAAGCCUGUAAUCUAUAUGGUCUCGAUGAUGAGCGCCGCGCCAGCAUAGGCGAGUGUAUCUAUGACCAGGGAGGUUAUUUCAUCAUCAAUGGCAGCGAGAAGGCCAUCAUCGCCCAAGAGCGCCAAACCACCAACAAAGUCUAUGUGUUCGAAAAGAAGCAGCCCUCGAAAUACUCCUGGACGGCCGAGAUCCGAAGCGUGCCAGAAGGGAGCAGCGUGCCGGCGCAGACCCUCAUGCUCUGCAUGUAUGCGCACUCCUCGAAGUCCCAAAUCAAAAACAAAUACUGCAUCUGGGCGAAGCUGCCCACGCUGAGCGAUGAAAUCCCGGUGUGCAUUCUCUUCCGCGCGCUGGGGUGCGAGAACGACCGAUCGAUCAUCCAGCACAUCUGCUAUAACUUCGACGAUGUGGAGAUGAUGGAGCGGUUCCGGCCUUCGCUCGUCGAGGCAUCGGAGUGCAGAACGCGCGAGGUGGCGUUGAACUUCAUCGCGACGCGCCAUCCGAAAAUGAUCGAUGAGAACGGAACGCGGCCGAGAUCCGAACGAGUCAAGUUCGCCAGCCGUCUCCUUCAGAAGAUCAUGCUGCCGCACAUCAACGUGGACUUCGGCCCCAACAGCAACUGCAAGAAGGCGUUCUACCUGGGCUAUAUGGUGCACAAGCUGCUGAACUGCUCGCUGAAUCGCAACGAGCAGGAGGACCGAGACCACAUCAGCAACAAGCGAAUGGAUCUGGCAGGUCCGAUGAUCGGCCGUCUGUUCCACGGCCUGCUCUACCGAUUCACCAAAGAACUGCGCAGCCACAUGAAGAAGGUGGUCAACAGUCGGAAGGGAAGCUCCUUCAUCAACAUCAUGACCAACGCCAAGUCCAGCAUCAUUUCGGACGGUCUCAAGUAUUCGUUCGCCACGGGGAAUUGGGGCGAUCGCUCUCGCGGAAUGCCCACCACGACGGGCGUUUCCCAGUCGCUGAACCGACUGACGUAUGCGUCGUCGCUGUCGAGUCUGCGUCGCCUGAAGUCCCCCAUCGAUACCACGAGCAAGGUGACGAAGCCGCGUUUGCUGCACAGCACGCAGUGGGGAAUGAUGUGUCCCGCCGAGACGCCCGAGGGCCAGUCCUGCGGAAUCGUGAAGAACCUCGCGCUGAUGUGCUACAUCUCGGUCGGAAACCCGGUAGGAGCGGCGGGUGCGCGUGAUUGGCAGGUGGAGAAGAUCUACCGUCUGCUGGAGAACAACGGCGUGGAGGAGCUGGAGACGAUCGCGUCGUCGCUGAUCCCCAAAACCACCAAGGUGUUCGUGAACGGCGUCUGGGUGGGGAUCCAUCGCGACCCCAAGGUGAUUCUGGACCAUCGCGAGGACUUCGACACGGACGUGUCCAUGGUGUACGACAUCCAGGAGCGAGAGCUUCGAAUCACCGCGGACGCUGGCCGUUGCUGCCGUCCGCUGUACGUCGUGGAUCCGAUAACGCAGCGAGUGAAGAUUCGUAAGUACCAUCUGCGGAACCUCCAGCCCGAAACGAUGUUCUCGGACCUGGUGUUGAACCGACUGAUCGAGUACGUGUCGGCGGAGGAGGAAGAGUACUGCAUGAUUGGUAUGGAUCUGAAGACCAUGCGAGCCUGCGUGGAGAACCGCAGCUGCACGACCUACACGCACUGCGAGAUCCAUCCCUCCAUGAUUCUGGGCGUGUGCGCCUCGAUCAUUCCGUUCCCCGACCACAACCAGUCGCCUCGAAACACCUACCAGUCCGCUAUGGGCAAGCAGGCCAUGGGCGUGUACGUCAGCAACUACCGACAGCGCAUGGACACCACCGCGCACGUGCUCUCCUACCCCCAGCAGCCUCUCGUGACCACCAAAGCCAUGACCUACCUGCGCUUCAAAGAGCUGCCUGCCGGCUGCAACUGCGUGGUGGCGAUCUGCUGCUACUCGGGCUACAACCAGGAGGACUCGCUGAUCCUGAACCAGUCCGCCAUCGAGCGCGGUCUCUUCCGGUCGAUCUUCUACCGCACGUACCAGGACACGGAGGUCCGUCGCGACACCACGACGUCCUCUCUGAGCCUGAGCAACCCCUCCAUGGGCAACGAGCGCUUCUGCCGGCCGCUCUCCGAACAGUGCUCGAUGACCAAAGACGAGGGACUCUACCGCAACCUCGACGAAGACGGUCUCGUGAAGCCGGGCUCGCGAGUGACGGGAGACAGCAUCCUGAUCGGCAAGGCCACGCCCACCGGGGAGCUGAACGUGCACGGACGCUCCAAUCUGAAGGACAACAGCACGGGGCUGCGCCACGCGGAGAGCGGCAUCGUGGACGAGGUGAUGCUGACCACCAACGAGAAGGGCUUCCGCUUCGUGAAGGUGAAAGUGCGCUCGGUGCGAGUCCCGCAGAUCGGAGAUAAGCUGAGCUCGCGACACGGGCAGAAGGGAACGAUCGGAAUGACGUAUCGGCAGGAAGACAUGCCCUUCACCGAGAACGGCAUCGUCCCCGACAUCAUCAUGAACCCGCACGCCAUUCCUUCGCGUAUGACCAUCGGACAGCUCAUCGAGUGUCUGCUCGGCAAGGUCGCGGCGCUGCAGGCGCGCGAGGGCGACGGCACGGCGUUCAGCGACGUGACGGUGGAGGACAUCUCCAACAAGCUGCACAACGAGGGCUACCAGAAGCGCGGCUACGAAGUCCUCUACAACGGACACACCGGGCGGCGCAUGGAGGCGCGCGUCUUCAUGGGCCCCACGUUCUACCAGCGCCUGAAGCACCUCGUGGACGACAAGAUCCACGCGCGAGCCCGCGGAAUGAACACCAAACCCGGUCGAAUCCUUCACCCCACGCGCCAGCCGCUCGAAGGCCGCUCGCGCGACGGAGGUCUGCGAAUGGGAGAGAUGGAGCGUGAUGUGCUGAUCGCGUACGGCGCGUCGCAGCUGGUGCGCGAGCGCUUCUUCUACUCGUCGGACGCGUACGUGGUGACGAUCUGCGACGACUGCGGACUGAUCUGUACGAUGAUCGAUAAUACCUAUAUCUGCAAAAACUGUGACAAUAAAACCAGGUUCUCGAAGGUGGAGAUCCCGUAUGCCUGCAAGCUGCUCUUCCAGGAGCUCAUGAGCAUGAAUAUCGCGCCGCGCAUCCACACGGGAGGGAUCAUGGGAGAUGGAAAGGACCGAUUUGGAAACGAUGUGUGGCAGUUUUGUGUUUGUUACAAUCGAACGUUCCAUUCCUCAUUUCAGAAAAAGAAUGUUGAGUGCGUUCAAGAGAAUGAGUAG